UACGUAUUUCAAACAUGGCAUCUCUCUUGAUUUGUUUUCUAAUGAGUUAACGGAAAAAGUUCCCUCAAUUAAUAGGCAACUUCACACCCUCAAGUUUCACACAUCUUCAUAUCUAUCCAUCUUAUCUAAUGGCUUCCAUUACUAAAGAAUUAACCUUUAAGUCCGUUCCUUUCAUCAGAAUCUUCGAAGAUGGCACUGUGGAGCGCACUCCACUUCCAUAUCCUUCAUAUGUCCCGCCAUCUCCUGAUCAAGAUCCAGAAACUGGUGUCUCCUCCAAAGACAUCACCAUCUCAGAAAACCCCAAAAUCUCGGUUCGCGCUUUCCUCCCAAAUCUCCCUCAAAAUCAUACCCAAAAGCUCCCCAUCUUGGUUUAUUUCCACGGUGGUGCCUUUUGCAUGGAGUCUGCCUUCUCAUUCCUUAACCAACGUUAUCUCAACCUCUUGGUCUCAGAAGCCAAAGUUAUAGCUGUCUCUGUUGAGUAUAGACUUGCCCCAGAAAACCCACUUCCUACUGCUUAUGAAGACUGCUGGGCCGCUCUUCAAUGGGUUGCUUCUCACUCAAGCAACAAAGACUUGGACAGUAACAAAGAGCCAUGGUUAGUCAGGUAUGGAGAUUUUGGUAGACUUUACAUUGGUGGUGAUAGUGCAGGUGGAAAUAUUACACAUAACCUGGCUAUGAAGGGAGGAGUUGAGAGCCUGUGUGGUGGUGUGAAAAUUUUGGGGGCAUUUUUGUCCUGUCCUUAUUUUUGGGGUUCCAAGCCAAUUGGGUCAGAGCCUAAAGGUGAAGAGUUUGAGAAAUAUCAUCAUUCUAUAGCUUGGGACUUUGUUUAUCCCUCAGCUCCUGGAGGGAUUGAUAAUCCAAUGGUGAAUCCUGAGGGUGAGGGUGCACCGAGCCUUACUGGACUAGGGUGCUCUAAGGUGCUUGUGUGUGUUGCUGGAAAGGAUGAUUUGAGGGAUCGAGGUGUUCAAUAUUAUGAUUUAGUGAAGGAAAGUGGGUGGAAAGGAGAAUUGGAGCUGUUUGAAGUUGAAGGAGAGGACCAUUGCUUUCAUUUCUGGCUUAUGAUCGAGUCUAAGACUGAGACUGAGAAUGUUAAGAAAGUGUUCAAACGCUUGGCUUCUUUUCUUGUCUAGCUAAUAAUU